UUGUCCUUUGAUGAUGCCAUCGAGGCAUUGUCAACAGAUGCACUAAAGUUUGUGAGUGACGGGCAGAUACUGGGACUGGGAAGCGGCAGGGCGGCAACCGCCUUUGUCAAGUCGCUGUCGCGGCUGGUUCGCGCAGGAGAUGUAGACAUCAGGGGCGUUCCCACAUCACUACAGAUCAAAAUGGCCGCCCAGCUGGGCGGCAUUCCGUUGGUUGAGGCGGAUCAGGUCGGGUGCAUCGAUGUGGUGUUUGACGGGGCGGACCAGAUCGACUCACAGGGGUUUGUAAUCAAGGGAGGCGGCGGCGCGCUGCUGCGGGAGAACAUCCUCAUAGGCAUGGCAGAGAAGGUCGUAAUCAUGGCCGACUCGUCAAAGUUUGUAACAAACCUUGCCCGGCCGGUUCCGGUGGAGGUUCACCAGCUGGCAAGGACGUCUGCGAUCCAGAAGAUCACAGAUCUGGGAGGCCGGCCGAGUCUCCGGAAGCUUGAGAGGGGCUAUCCGUUUAUCACCGAGAACGGAAAUAUAAUUUUGGACUGCGAUUUUGGUACGAUAACAGAGCCAGAGUCGCUGCGGCAGAAGAUCAUUGCAAUUCCCGGCGUGAUGGAGUGCGGCAUCUUUACAAGAAUCCCGGAUGUGAUCUACAUGGCAGAUAUUGGGGGAAGGUUUGAGACUAUCGUGCGGUAG